AUGCGGUCUUUAUCCGUCCUGCCGGUGCUCUCGACACUUGCCCUACUUCUCAACUACUCGCUCCACACAGCCGCAACCCCGCUCGCAUUGGAAGCAAACGUUCUCGAAGGAAACAAGCUUGAAAAGCGCUGUGCAAACCCUUGUGGCUACAACGACUGGCUUUGCUGCGAGUCCGGUCAAACGUGCACUACCAACAGUGCCCAAGAGGCCGUCUGUGCAAACAGUGGUAGUGACAGCGGUGGAGGCUAUCAAUAUUACACGACCACCUACGUGCUCACCAAUACCGACCUAACAACGGUUACCUCUGUGUGGAGCAGCCAGAUUGCCACAUCUACAAGCACAGGAACGUGCAGAGUUGACCUUGGCGAGACAAAGUGCGGCUCGACUUGUUGUGAGGCCGCGCAAGAAUGUUCGGAGGGCCAAUGUGUCGCUGAGAGUUCCUCAGUUGCUGUGACUGCCACAGAAACAGGAGGAGGAGGAUCAGCAGCCACGCCGGGCCUCCGAGGGACGACAAGUGGAGCAACCACCGUAACAGCAACCUCAGCCCCAACCACCACGGAGGCAUUUACAGCACCGGUUGGAACGGACGGGGCAGAUUUGAUCGGAGUCCAAGCCAAAAGCAGCGGCGGACUGAGUGGUGGUGCUAUCGCAGGAAUUGUCAUCGGUAGUAUUGUCGGUGCGUUCUUGUUGCUACUCCUCUGUGCCUGCAUCUGCUUUAAGGGCGUUUUGGAGGGCCUGCUUGCAGCACUCGGCAUCGGCAAGAAGCGCCGCAGACAGGAUACAACUUAUAUCGAAGAGCGCCAUUCCCACCAUUCGCAUGGUAGUCGACCUCCUCCUCCUCCUGCCGAUCGACGGACAUGGUUCGGAACCAGACCAGCCGCGGGAGGCAGUGAGGUUAGCGAAAAGAAAGACUCUAAAUGGGGUCUCGGCACAAUUGCUAUCAUCCUCGGUGCUCUUGCUCUGUGCUUGGGAUUGAAGAGAAAGAGAGAGAGAGAGCACGAUGACGACAAGACCGAGUCCUCCUACCCAAGUUCAUACUAUUACUAUUCCGACUAUUACUCAGGAACAGGGAGUAGCCGAAGUUCCGACAGACGAACUAGGGAUACGCGACGGUCACGACGAUCGCGCACUCGCUCUGACCGUCGAUGA